GUGGGGAUGCUUCGCCUUUGGAGGUAAGUUCUCCGGCAAUUUCAGUGAAUCAAGCCUCGAAUUCCCUUAACAACCUUUUGGACCGGCCGCUUCUUCGAACGACCAGAUCACCCCUCGUCCAGAGUACAUCGAAUACCGCGUGAAGAUGUUCGAGAAAUUGAAGAAGGAAUAUGACGAUGAAGUUGCGAAGAAACCGCGCGACGACAUUGUGGUCACUUUGCCUGACGGCAAGAGUGUAAACGGCAAGGCAUGGGAAACCUCGCCUUUGGACAUUGCCAAAUCCAUCAGCAAGUCGUUAUCCGAGAAAGUUGUCAUCUCGAAAGUGGACGGUGUGCUUUGGGAUCUCCCGAGACCGCUUGAGAAGUCUUGCAAGUUGCAGCUGCUCACUUUUGAGGACCAUGAAGGGGAGCAGGUGUACUGGCACUCAUCUGCGCACGUCUUGGGAGAGGCGUGCGAGCUUCACUAUGGAUGCCAUUUGUGUCUGGGCCCCCCCUUGGAGGAUGGGUUCUAUUAUGAGAUGGGAAUGGACAGGUCUGUGCAACCCACGGAUUAUCCAGCGCUGGAUACGCUGGCCAAGAAGGCCAUCAAGGAGAAGCAACCAUUUGAGCGUCUAGUGAUGACGAAGGAGCAACUACUUGAGAUGUUCAAGCAUAACAAGUAUAAGCAGCACUUCAUCGACAACAAGGUUCCCGACGGCACAUCUAGUACCGUCUACCGUUGCGGGCCGCUGAUCGAUCUCUGUUUGGGACCCCAUAUUCCCCACACCGGCCGGAUAAAAGCUUUUGCUGUCACCAAGAGCUCCGCAUCGUACUUCUUGGGCGAUGCCAACAACGACUCCCUACAACGUGUUUACGGAAUCUCAUUCCCCGACAACGAGAGGAUGAAGCAGCACCAGGAGUUCAUGAAGGAGGCUGCCGCGCGUGAUCACAGGAAGAUUGGAAAGGAACAAGAGCUGUUCUUCUUCGACCCUCUCAGCCCUGGAAGCUGCUUUUUCCUUCCCCACGGAGCAAAGAUCUACAACAAGCUCCUGGAACUGCAAAAGAGCCAGUACCGGAAACGGGGAUACCAAGAAGUCAUUACGCCGAAUAUGUACAACACCAAGUUAUGGGAGACCAGCGGGCACUGGGAGAACUACUCGGAGGACAUGUUCGUCUUGGACAUCGAGAAAGAAAAGUGGGCAUUGAAGCCCAUGAACUGCCCCGGCCAUUGUGUCAUGUUCGGACACCGCGAUCGAUCAUACCGCGAGUUGCCAUUGCGGUUUGCGGACUUUGGAGUUCUGCACCGUAAUGAAGCUUCCGGCGCGCUUACGGGGCUUACUCGUGUGCGACGCUUCCAGCAGGAUGAUGCGCACAUCUUCUGUACCCUCGACCAGCUCCAAACGGAGAUGGACAGCUGCCUUGACUUCUUCCAGGCCAUUUACGGCAUCUUCGGUUUCGACUUUACGCUGAAACUCUCCACCAGGCCAGAGAAGUUCUUAGGAGAGGUUGAGACAUGGGACAAUGCCGAAAAGAUUCUGGAAAACGCGCUCAACAAGUUCGGCAAGAAAUGGCAAUUAAACCCAGGAGACGGAGCCUUUUACGGACCCAAAAUCGACAUUGUCAUUUCUGACGCCCUCCGCCGCAAGCAUCAAUGUGCCACCAUCCAACUCGACUUCCAACUCCCUCAACGAUUCCAACUCCAAUACCGCAGCAAGGACAUGACCUACGAACGCCCCGUCAUGAUUCACCGCGCCAUCCUCGGAUCCCUCGAGCGAUUCAUCGCCAUCAUCACCGAGAACUUUGGUGGCAAGUGGCCAUUCUGGCUGUCGCCACGUCAAGUGGCCAUCAUCCCCGUUGCCGCCAAGUACAACGAUUACGCGCAGGAGAUCCAGAAGCUCUUAUUCGAGAAAGGCCUGGAAGCCGAAGCUGACCUCAGCGACGUUACCCUGAACAAGAAGAUUGCGUACGCGGACACUGCGGGUUGGAACUUCACCUUCGUUGUUGGCGAGGAAGAGGAGGGCGCUCGUACCGUCAACUGCCGGGACAACUACGUCAACAAGGACCUGAAGUUUGGAAAGAAGGGCAAGGUUAUACCGCUUGAUGAGAUCAUUGCCAAGCUGGUGCAUCUCUCGGAAACUAGGGCUUUGAGUCAGGACAUCUAGAAGCAUCUCGUGUUGUAGACUGAGCCUGAGAAGAUUCUGUACUUCGCAUCAUCAAAAGAAACUAUAGAUUGUACAUAUGAGUCGUGCCAUAAUAAAUGACGCGUGUCUGGUCUACAAGAGUCCGCAUUCUUCUGAUCAAUGUGACUUGAGUAACGUGGGGCUGCCGCCCAUGCGAGCUCAGAACG